AUGGCAACGGACCCGGUAACGACACCAACGACGACGACUGCAACGACACCUGCAAAGAAGACUCUCCUCCGUCCUCGGCCGACAACAACGUCUGUAUUCACGCCUCCGACAGACACAAGCACAAGCACAAGCAAGGACACCCACAACCACACCCCCAACCAAGCUCUAAACCCCGACGCCGACCACCACCACCACCCCCCCACCGCAACCCCCACCCGCAAAAUGAACAGCGUCGUCCUCAGCCGGCCGCUGGGCGUAUAUUACGCCCGCGGCUUCUCGAGCCUCUCCAGCUUCUCAUCCUUCUUCCGCCUCAAGCCGCGCAUCCCCAGCAGCAGCAGCAGCAGCAGCAGCAUCAGCGGCAGCAACAACAGUAGCAACAGCCACAUCGCCAAACAGCAGCUACACGGCCAGGCCGCAGUGGGGUUCCGCGCGAAUACGCAUUGCCGCUUCAAGAGUGUCUCGCCCCUUUCGCCCGGCGCAAGCUCGGCUUCGACGUCUACGACGACUGUUGGUGAGGAGAAGGAGGAGAUGACGGUCAAGAAGGUGCCGAUGAGGGGCGCGGUCAAGAUUGUGGAGGUGGGCGCGAGAGAUGGGUUGCAGAAUGAGCAGGGCGUGGUGCCGACGGAGACGAAGAUUGAGCUCAUUGAGAGGCUGAGUGGGGCGGGGCUGAGGCAUAUUGAGGCGGGAUCGUUUGUGAGCCCAAAAUGGGUCCCCCAAAUGGCCGACACCCCCCAAAUCCACACCCACCUCAACAGCCACCCGCCAGCUGCGCCCGUGCCCGUAACCUACAGCUACCUCACCCCCAACAUGCAAGGGCUCACCUCGUACCUGGCCACCCCCGCCCCUGCCCCCUCUUCCACCACCAACCAGCACACCUCCGAGAUCGCAAUCUUCGCCUCCGCCUCCGAGGGCUUCUCAAAGCAGAACAUCAACUGCACAAUCGCCGAGUCGCUCGGGCGCUUCCGCCCUGUGGUCGAGCGCGCGCGCGAACAGGGCAUCGCCGUCCGCGGAUACGUCAGCAUGGUCAUUGAGUGUCCCUACGACGGGCCGACGCCGCCGGCGAAGGUGGCGGAUGUGGUGGAGGAGCUGCUGAAGAUGGGGUGUUAUGAGGUGUCGUUGGGGGAUACGAACGGUGUUGGGACGCCUGGUACGGUUGGAACGCUGGUGAAUUAUCUGAUCAAGGAACGCCACCUGCCGGCCGAGAAGCUGGCGGCGCACUUCCACGACACGUAUGGGCAGGCGAUUGUGAACUGCCUGGUUGCGCUGGAGGCGGGGAUUAGGACGUUUGAUAGUAGCAUUGCAGGGCUGGGAGGGUGUCCGUAUUCUAAGGGUGCUACGGGGAAUGUGGCGACGGAGGAUUUGGUGUAUUUUCUCGAGGGCACAGGCGUGAGCACGAAUGUGGAUCUGCAGAAGAUUGUGGAGAUUGGGGAUUGGAUCUCGGGCGUGCUGGGGCGAAGGAACGAUAGUAAGGUGGGCACGGCGCUGAUGGCGAGGAGGGGGGCUCGGUUGUAG